UCGAUAGGAAAACGUCGCAGCCACAUUUGCAAUUACCAUUGUUUUAAAAAUUUGUGAAUGUUAUUCUAUAUUUUAAUUGAAGUACCAUAGAAAAUGAAGUCACCUAAGAAGUCGCUAAAGAAUGGAGGGGAAGAGCUUUCUCUAAGGCUGCGAGAGCCGCGCAAGGAAGAACCGAAUUCGGAGGUGACGGAGGCCGACGACGACACAGAAUCCGAUUUGCCCAUCCGCGGCCGACCAUCGAAGAAGCUGCUCAUCCAGCAACAGCAGCAGCGCCAGGUGCCAGUAAACCAAUACCAGGUCAAGCUGCAGCCGGAGUUGAACGCCGUAACUGUGGGCGCUACGGCCUCGCCGAACCGCUCCAAAGUGAAGCGAGCGCUCUACAAAAAGAGUGGCAGCGGCUCGAACAAUCAGAAGUCUCCCAGCGAGUCGUAUGUAAUGCGCCUGUUCGAGCGCAGCCUGGACCUCUCGAAAUACAAUGAGAAGACUCCUCUGUACCCGAUCUGCCGUGCCUGGAUGGCCAACCAGCCGCGCAACCCUGCCGUAUCCACUUACAACACGGAAGGUUCCACUGCCACCGUGAAGCGCGAGAGCGACGCUGAGGAAGUUAGGGCCAGGCUGAAGAGCGGAGAGUUGAAAAUACUGACUCAAAUGCCGCAGGCCCGCUCCACCGACUUGCCAGUGAUCCCACCCCGCCUGGAGUACACCAAGGAGGAGAAGCUGCAAGAAAAGAAGCUGGAAGGGGCCGCCAGGAACGAUCUGCUAUCUGCCAACAUGGCUCGCUGGAAGCGUGUGCGCAACCACUGGCAAGAGCAUACUCAAAAGUAUAACCACGAGCGCUACGAGGUAAUCGACCAGAUCAUGUAUCUGGUCUCCAAAAACAAUCAAUAGUCGAAAAUGAUCUUGAAUAAAUGUUUAGUUUAUUUAGUAUGCGUA